GUCGGAGGCGGCAGACACACCAACAUCCGCGUCUCUCCGAGCUGUCGACGGAUCCUGGGAGCAUUUCUGCACUUUUCCAGAAAACAGUGGUGACCCCGGGUCAUCCCUCCAGAGUGUACUGGGUCUGCCCCUCCUAGUUGACCUCCUCAACUUGGAAGAGCAGGGGUCUACUUUGAGUCUCCCUUGGAUGACUGAGCUUCUAUCUCGAGAUAUGUUCCAGUGCUGAUGGCUGACUUCAAUUUGUUCUUCACAAGAGCGCCACCUGUUGAGGGGAGGUCUUCUGAGCUGGAUGGGUUCCUGGAGUCGUCGGACGUCGGGAACUCAACAGCCGAGCGAUGCUUCCGCGCGCACUCUCGUGGAAGCGUCCUCCAGGGGCUGCCGUUCGGAGGAGUUCCCACGGUUCUUGGUAUCAACGUGGUGGUCUGGAUGAUACUCCUGCUGGUCUUCUCCUGCCUCAGGAAGGCGGCGUGGGACUACGGGCGCCUCGCCUUGCUCAUGGAUACGGACAGUCUGACAUCUCUGUUCUACGGCGAACCCAGUGAGAAGGAGAAGUCCCCGUCUGAGUCCAGCCCCUCAGACUCUGACUCUAAAGACCCGGGCUUCUGCUCGUGGCUCACGUCGCUCUACCACAUGAAGGACGAGGAAAUCCGCAGCAAGUGUGGGAUGGACGCCGUCACCUACCUCUCCUUCCAGCGCCACAUCAUCAUGCUCAUGGCCGUCGUCUGCCUGCUCUCCCUGGCCGUCAUCCUGCCUGUCAACUUUUCCGGGAAUCUCCUGGGAGACAGUCCAGAGGAUUUUGGGAGGACGACUCUGGCCAACGUUAGCGCAGAGGACGGUUUUCUGUGGCUGCACGCCGUCUUCGCUCUCGUCUACUUCACCAUCACGUCGCUGUGCAUGGCUCACCACUCCUCCCGGCUGGACUACCAAGAGCACGAGAAGGUAGCGAGAACUCUGAUGAUCACCUGCAUUCCCAGAGAGAUCAGUGACCCAGGACUCAUCACUAAACACCUCCACGAGGCCUAUCCCAGCUGCACCGUGACAGAUAUCCGAUUCUGCUUCGACGUCCAGAAGCUGAUGAGGCUGGAUGUGGAGAGACGCAAAGCCAUGAAGGGACGGUUGUACUUUGCCUCUAAAUCUCAGAAGGAGGGGAGGAUCACGAUCAAGACUCAUCCUUGCGCUCGCAUCUUCUGCUGUGACUUCUGUGGCUUUGAGAAGGUGGAUGCGGAGCAGUACUACAGCGAGCUGGAGGAGAAGCGCACGGACGAAUUCAAUGCCGAGAAGAGCCGCAUCUCCAUGAAGCGGCUGGGAAUCGCAUUUGUGACCUUCCGUGACGAGAGGAUGACUGCAGUAAUCGUGAAGGACUACAGCAGGGCGAACUGUCGGGGCAAACCGCAGCAGUCCAGCGUCACGGCCGUGGUGCAGUCGCACAACUGGGGCGUCAGCUAUGCCCCUGCUCCCAAUGACAUCAUCUGGGAGAACCUGUCGGUGUGCGGCUCCCGAUGGUGGCUCCGCUGUGUCCUCCUCAACAUCCUCCUCUUCCUCCUGCUCUUCUUCCUCACCACGCCGGCCAUCAUCGUAAACACCAUGGACAAGUUCAACGUCACCAGGCCCGUGGAGAGUCUGCAGAGCCCCGUCAUCACCCAGUUCUUCCCGACUCUCCUGCUCUGGGCCUUUUCCGUCCUCCUCCCCUUCAUUGUUUACUACUCGGCUUUCUUCGAGUGCCACUGGACCAGAUCCGGAGAGAAUCAGCUGACCAUGCACAAGUGCUUCCUGCUGCUGGUCUUCAUGGUCAUCGUCCUGCCGUCGCUGGGCCUGUCCAGCCUGGACUUGUUCUUCACGUGGCUCUUCGACGUUCAUUUCCUGGACGAAAAGGACGUGAAGUUCCAGUGCGUGUUCCUCCCCGACAACGGCGCCUUCUUCGUCAACUACGUCAUCACGUCCAGUCUGAUCGGAACGGCCAUGGAGCUGCUCCGUAUCCCGGCGCUCAGCGUGUACGCCGUCCGCCUCUGCUUGGCCAAGUCGCAGGCUGAGCGGAUCCACAUCAAACGGAGCCAGACGUACGAGUUCCAGUUCGGGCUGGAAUACGCCUGGACCAUGUGCAUCUUUGCAGUCAGUGUGACCUACAGCAUCACCUGCCCCAUCAUCACACCCUUUGGUCUCCUCUACGUCAUCCUGAAGCACAUGGUGGACCGUUACAACAUCUACUACGCCUACGUGCCCACCAAGCUAAACCAGCGCAUUCACAGAGCCGCCAUCAGUCAGGUGAUCCUGGCGCCCAUCCUCUGCAUCUUCUGGCUGCUCUUCUUCUCCAUCCUCAGAUUAGGUCCGGUUCAUCCCAUCACGCUCUUCGUUUUCGUGUCGCUGCUCUGCUGCAUCGCCUUCUCGCUCGUCCGCUUGUGCCUUAAGAAGCAGCCUGACAAGUCCAGCAGCUACCAGAUGUCCAAUCAGCCAGCAGAGGGAGCCUUCACGGACUCGGAGCGGAGCACAGUGACGUCCACCACUGCCUCCAGUUUGUUUGUGGCGUCGGUGCUGCUGGAUCCGGAGCUGGCGUUGACUCCGAUGCCGUCCCCAGCCCAUCACGGCUACGGCGCCUUGGCCAACGCCCAGACGGUCGCCAGCGGAGCGCAGGAGGAGGAGGAGGAAGGUGAGCCCACCCAGACCCGUGAGACUGAACUCCAGGACCGCCCGGUCAGCCCGCUCAUGGACAGCCCGUUGGGGUACCAGUAACACCAAAUCGCUCUGACUGCUAACGCCACGUUUUCACCUUCGCCUCAAACUACUCGAGCAACACGAGUUUCUGAAUCUUACUCACCGAAACCAAAUGAUCCUCGUCUUUUUCCGUCCGCUCAUCUGGAUCUUCGUUCUCCAAGGUGGCCCGACCCCAGCGCUUUCCCAAACUUCUGUGUCACGGCUUGUGUGGAGGUGAAAGUUCCCACCCGAGUGGGAGGUGUGAGCAGGCUCGCCCCCGCCAGACUGACAGAGCGAGCGGCCCGGGUGCGGGUGAGAUCUGUUUCCUUGGGGGGGAGGCAAGAGGGUGAGGGCAGCGAGAGGAGAAGCCAUCUGCAGUGAGAGCAGACAGACGGCAAGAAAGAUCUGACACAGACGGCACGAGCUUCUCCGCUGUUCCUCUAAAUCCUGGAAUAUUUUUGCUACAGAUGUUUGUUGUUGAUAUUGUGUUGAGACCCAUCACUCUAAUGAUCGCGGUGUUGUUCAGCUGUCACGGUCGAGAAACACAUCAACACGUCUUGGAGGCAGUAAGAAACGAAUACGUUGAAUUCAUCGAAAGUAAUUUCUUAAGUCAAUUUCUGCUCCUGAGUCGCACCAAACAGUAACUAUUUUCCAGUUGUUUGAAUAUAAACUUUAUUUCAAGUGCUAAAUAUGUGCUGUCAGUUAUUAGCAUUUGCGUUAGCUUGGAUUGUUAGUCCUGCUGAAAUAAAUGUUUCUGAAUGUAAAAUCCCAAAAUGAAAGUUCAAAUGUGUCAAUGACUUCCACACAAAAUGAUUUAUUCGGCAAAAACUAGUGUACAUAAGGCGAAGAAAUGACGUGUGUGCCGUCUCAGGUGCUGGGGACGUGUCAGCUGAGAGCCCAGUGUGAAACUAGGAAUUUAAAAGUCUCUGGACCCCUGUGAUCAUAGCUAUGGACUGUGUGUUUGGUGAUGACGGCUGUGGAUUGUCUCUUUCUGCAUAUGUGAAUUUUUUUUAUUUUUGUACUUGAGUGUACCUGAAUGUGAUCUGUGCUGUGCCUUGAAGGAAACUCGUGUGACAAUCCAGCACGGCCUGAAAUAUGCUGCAUGAACUUCAUUAUCACGGACGCAACAUUCAAAUGUUUUGUUUUGCUGCUGACAAAGUGCAAGCUACUUUUUGAGAACCCAAUAUCUUGAAGACAUGCAUUGACAUGCCUUAUUACCGACAACUUGCAGCGGAGAUUUGUACUACAGUGCUCCCCUUCAGUGCCCCCUACAGGACGACACUUGUGGAACCCGAUCAGAAAGUUGCCUGUUCUUGUUUUACUUUUAAACAUCCUUGUUUCUGAAAGGGUUACACUGUCCCUCAGUGCAUGCUUUUCAACAGCACAUAUGCUAACAUGUAGCAUUGCAGUUUUCCUAUCGCAAUGCAACAGCUAAACAGGCAAAUUUAGAAGUUUUGUAUCACUGAGGUUUGAAAUGCUAUUUGGGUAUUUUAAAAGUAAGGGUAAAAAAAAGCUUGCACGUACAGUACACACAAAACACUGGUUUGAGUGAAAGGAGCUUUAGUUUCAGUCUGACCUCGCAUGGCUGUAGCCUUGGCUCUGCAUCGCUAACAUUCACCAAGAAACCCAAAGUGUGUGUUCAGUGUUGAGGCGCUAAGUCGUAUCUGAGAGAUUAACAAGUUUGUUUUUAAGAUGUAAUGCGUGUUUGUAAAAUGUAUUUGUUUAUAAGGACGCUAAAUCUGGAGUGGUGGAGCAGAUGAAAGCGGACUGAAGUAGAAAGCACAAAGUUAAAUGUGUGUGCUGCGGGUUGCGACACACUCUGUUAACUGGCUGUCCUUUGAAGAACGCCACAUUUAACUUAUGAGGGUCCUCUGUGUUCUCCAGUGGCUUCUGUCUGUCUCAGUUGAGCUCAUCAGGAGUUUCCCAAAUCUUUUUUUGAAGCGCUUUAAUCGACAGAUCGUCCAUAAAUGUUGGCUUUAUUACUUUCGCGAGAUCGUCUGGUCUGUUUGACAUUCAUCGCUAAUGACUUUUCCGCUUACAGCCUGAAGUUCUGUGAUCUGAAAUUAAAAUCUUUG